GGAGUAUAUAUUAAAAUCCGCAUUCUUCUGGUUUUAGUAUGUUACUAAAUUCAGUAGUGAGAACAUAUACUCGAGUUCAGUUCAAGUCAUUUCAAAUUUUAAAGAAUAUUAUUAAGUUUGUCUUUUUUUAUCUAUAUUUUAUAUAAAUUGGAUACAUUUAAUAUUUUUAAAAUAUUGAACUGCAAAUUAAUUACUGCAAAUAUUUGAAGCUGAAAUUAACGUUUGUUGUAAUGGCUGAGAUAAUUGUACGAAAAGCUGUACGUGAAGAUUGCAAAGCCCUCAUGGUACUUGUACAGGAACUGGCGACCUAUCAGAGAAUGCCCAACGCAUUAAAAAUUGAUUACAAGACAUUAGAAAAAGAUGGCUUUGGAGAGAAACCUUUAUUUUUCUGUUACGUGGCAACAUAUGAUAAAAAUCUCAUUGGUUACGCUUUUUGUUCGUACACUUAUUCUCCAUGGACUGGAAGGUCUAUAUUUAUGGAAGAUCUUUACGUAGCAUCGGAUUUUCGACAGAAAAACGUUGGCAGCAAAAUUUUACAAGCAGUUGCGAAAGACGCAUUAGAGAACAAUUGUAACAAAUUGGAUUUUCCAGUUCUCAACUGGAACUCAGCACAACAAUUUUAUAAAAAGCUAGGGGCUAGUGAUCUGACGAUUGGAGAACAAUGGCAUCGUUAUCGUUUUGCUGAUGAAGCGUUAAAAAAAUUAGCGUCUGGCAAAUAAAAUAAGUCAAAAUACAGUAGCUGAUAGCAGCGUUUUAAUACUACUUGAAUACUAAAUAAUAUUGAAUAAUAACCAUUAUUAGCUGGUUUAGUAAUUAAUAGUAGAAAAACUGUUAUAUGGUAGAAAAUUACUUUAUAAUAAUAGUAAUAACUUUACUUUAUUAUAAACAUAAAUAGUGUACAUCAAGUUUAAUAUAAA